GUCUGUGACGUCAGAGGCGCAGCUCCGGGGACAACUCACCUCCUCAGUUCCUCAGUGUGUUGAGUCGGAGCUCAGCGUGGGCUGGACAAACUUUCCUCCGCUCCUCUUCAUCGUCUGCUUUUCGUCCCUUCUCCUCCGCAAACUCGACCUUCCAGCCGUGGAAUAUGUGGCUCUGAAAAAGCAAGGGGGGCUCUCCUUCCGCCAGCUUUUUUCAUGCUUCCUGCGCUCCAGCACUGAGCGCAGUUUCCGGAUUUCAACUCAGUGUUUUGGGGAGGAUUUUGCUCUGCAUGUACUGGGAUUUUUCCACCCUUCAUCUGCUGUAAACUCAAUCCUCCUGAACUGGACAGAUGUUUGCAGGAACAUGGACUCAGUGAGGCACCAAGGGUGAAGUUUUGCCGUUCAGAGAGAAGUUGAGCUCUGCGCUCGAGUUCAACAGGCCCACUUCCUGAUGAUGACAGUAAACAUGGAUGACGGUCUCCAAAAUGGACCCGGACAUCACAGAAACACACAAGACGACGAGGAAGCGCUGAACUCCAUCAUGAAGGACCUGGCUGCUCUGGGCCGCUGCUACACCCAGCACAACAGCCAUAAGCCCAAGAUCAGGAGUUUACUCUACAAGCAGGAUUUAAGAGUCAAGCUGGAGCAUGAGAGAGAAAAACGAAUCAUCCCUUUUCAGAGGCCGCUGAAGAUCAAGGAGCUGCUGCAGAAAGUCACCGAGGCCUUUGGCCAGCAGAUGGACAUGUUCUUUUUGGAAAAAGAGUUGGUAUUACCUCUGAAGACGCAGGAGGACCUGGAUCAGGCGGUUCUGGCGGGAAGCUCUUCUGUGACUAAUGGGCUCCUCAGGAUACUGCUCAAAACCCCCCAAAACAAUCACUAUCUACAGGUGAACAGCAGAGACAAACAGAGCGAGAUGAAGUCAUCGCGGUCUUUAGGAGAUCUGAAGGGCUCUUUGCUGAAGAGCUCGGAGAGGGUCCGCAAACACUCCACAGGUUCCAUGCACACCGGCCGCACGUCACCUCCUCCCGGCAGCGUCCCUGAAGAGCAGCAGCAGAUCGCCCGGCAGGGCUCCUACACCAGCAUCCACAGCGAGGGGGAGUUCAUCCCAGAGAACCCAGACCAGAAUAUGCUGGAUCCGUUCGGGAGUGCCGGUAACUCGCUGUCGAGCAGCUGUCAAUCCAUAGACCAGGCGCUGGACAGCCCUCCUUUCUCGCAGAACAACCGCGACAAUAAUUACCUGAAUCUCAACUAUGAAUACAAAGGUCGCCAUGGGAAAGGAGGGACUUUCCCACGCCAGUUCCAGUUGCCCAAUCGCAGCAAGGAUUAUGGAGACCGUCGCAGGACUCUUCCACGGAGCUUCAUGCCGCAGGAGAACCUUUUCCAGCUGGUUCCUUCCAGUCGCACUCGCAGUUAUAACGGAGAAAGCACGCUGCAGUUCACCGAGCUGCGCUCUCUGGGUCGCUCCGCUGACAAAGGUUGCCAGCGGGGAACGGCAAAAUCACCGCGGGCGCCAGUCAACUGGCGACAGGGAAAGCUGCUGGGGCGAGGGGCGUUCGGGGAGGUCUACCUCUGUUAUGACGCGGACACGGGCCGCGAGCUGGCCGCCAAGCAGGUUCCCUUUGACCCCGACUGUCAAGAGACGAGCAAGGAGGUGAACGCCUUGGAGUGUGAGAUCCAGCUGCUGAAGAAUCUGCGACACGACAGGAUUGUUCAGUACUACGGGUGUCUUCGGGACCUGGAUCAGAGAAAACUCACCAUCUUUGUGGAGUUCAUGCCUGGGGGCUCAAUAAAGGACCAGUUGAAAGCUUACGGCGCUCUGACGGAGAAGGUGACAAGAAGAUACACCAGGCAGAUCCUCCAGGGGGUCUCCUACCUGCACAGCAACAUGAUUGUACACCGAGACAUCAAAGGUGCUAACAUCCUGAGGGACUCGUCCGGGAACGUGAAGCUCGGAGACUUCGGAGCCAGCAAACGCAUCCAGACUAUCUGCAUGUCUGGUACAGGAAUCAAGUCUGUCACUGGCACCCCCUACUGGAUGAGUCCUGAGGUCAUCAAUGGGGAGGGAUACGGCCGGAAAGCGGACGUAUGGAGCGUGGCCUGCACCGUGGUCGAGAUGCUGACUCAGAAACCCCCCUGGGCGGAAUACGAGGCCAUGGCAGCCAUAUUUAAGAUUGCCACCCAGCCCACCAAGCCCAUGCUCCCGGAGGGCGUGUCCGACGCUUGCAGGGACUUCCUUCGCCAAGUAUUUGUGGAGGAGAAAUGGAGGCCGACUGCAGACAUUUUGCUCAACCACCCGUUUGUCCAAGGCAGCUUCUGAGGUCCCGCAGAAGGCGCCCAAGGCCUCCGUGCCUCUGAAUCUCACCAACCCAACCUGCUUGAGGGCCCCCUUACUCUUGUCGCCUGGUUUCAGGGUCAAGCGGCACUUCCGACUCCCUGCCUGAUCACCAGUGUCUGCCUUGUCACCAACUAUCUCCAGCCUUCCUGGAGAGGCGCACACAAUGACUUCCAGAACCCUCAAAGUUUGGGGGAGGACUGAAGCUCCAGACUUCUAUCCGGGAACGAGGACAAGUUAGCAGCAUUUGACGGAGCCGCAAAUCCGUCAAAAGCCCAGAACAGCUGCGUGGAACUGAGAUGAUAAAGUAUUUUAGUAGGACAGUCACCCUAGCAGAUUUUAUGGCACCUUUCAAGAAAAUGCAACCUAUGACCAUCAACGCCUUACAAUACGACUUUGUAAGUCAGAAUGUCCUUUUUUUCUAAGCAUUUUAGAGGGUUGCCCUGCUCUUGCUGUCACUGUGUUCACCACCGUUUAAAGGAUUUUCCGUCUUGCACUUGUGAUACCACGUGCAAACUAAGCAGCAGACCAGGAGAUAUUUUUCUAUUUGAUGCAUUUUUAUAUAAAUAAUUGUGUUCUGGUGUAAAAAAAAAAUGCAAAUGUGCAAUGUCUCUGAAGCAAUACAAACACUGCUGUUUGAGCAUUCGUUAUGUCGACUCGUGAGGAGUCUCGUUCCAAAUUUUAAGUAGCCAAAGAAAACUGCCGACAGAAGACUCAGAAACUGUGCAGUAUUAGUCCUUGUGGACUUUUUGUCACCUCAGAGCCUUGAAGAUUUCUGUUUUAUGGCAGCUUUGUACACUGUUUUCUGCACAAUUCCGAUGCACCAAACUGAAGGAAGCAUCUCGAUUUUUUUUUUUUUUUUUUUCAUUUCUUCAGUAUAAAUCAAAGAUGCCUUGGGUUUAGCACGCCACUCUUUUCCCACUUUUCGACUUGGCAGCACUUUUUUGCUCCUUGUAACGCCAACAGAGCCGAAGCUUGGCUUUCCAACUCCUCUGAAAGCAUCAGGACGGAACUGCAUGCUGUAAUCUCUGAUGUAGAGAUGAAAGAAACGUUAAUGGGGGAGGUAUUGAUGUUGGCGGGGUGGCGGCUCGCCUGUAACGCAGCAGCAUUUAGAGGAACGAUCAAAUCUUUUUAGCCCUAGUCAGUGCCUUAUCUAAAUCUGCUUGUAAACAUUGACUGCCAAAGCGGAGAGCUUCCUGGAUUUUGCGAGCAGCUGUUCAGCACCGAGCACACCCAGGACUUGCUGAAGUUUUUAUGUGGAAAAAAGAUUUUGUAUAUACAUAAUGUUCUGCACUUUUGUAUGAGAUUCCUUUUGCAUUAUAUACAAUUGAAAUAACUACAUUAUACAGUAGACAUUACUGUGAUUUUUUUUUUAAGAGAGUUUGUAUGAUUGUCCCUUUCAGAGCUGGCAGAAGAAUGAAAGACUGAGAGGCUUUUGAUUGGGACAGAGUUUAUUUUGUCUUAAUGACAAAGCCUUGAAACAUGAAAUGUAUCAAGUUGUUGAUCUUUUGUACAUUUAACUUAAUAAAUCAAAGGUCUAAGACUGUU